AGAGAGAAACAAGCUCCUCUCUCUCUCUCUCUCUCUCUAAAAAUUCAAUCUUUGUUCUUGAUCUCCUUCUCGUUCUUCUUCUUCAAUCCCAGAUUCAGCGGUCUAUUGCAGCUGAAUCGGGAGCACGGUUGAUUCUCCCGUGUCGCGGCGGCGGCGGCAGCAGCAAGCAGCAGCUGCUCGUGGGUCUGAUCGAUCGGGCGGGUGCGCGCGCGUGGGAUUGAUUGAUUGAUUGUAGCCGCUCCAGCGAGGGAAGAUCUCGAGUGAUGCAGCAGAGUGAUCCGGCGGUCCUGAGCUUGAGACCUGGUGGCGGUCGAGGCAGCGGCAGACCUCGCUUCGAUUCUUCUUCGGCGGCGGCGGCGGCGGCUCCUCUCGCCUUCGGGUCCCUCUCCUCCAAUCUCCCUCUCUCGCGUGCUCAUGGCGGUGCCGCCUCCGCCGCGAAGCCUGGGGACUCACGGUUUGAGGGUCAAGAACGUGUUAGAUACACCCGAGACCAGCUGUUACAGCUAAGAGAGGCUAAUGAGGUGUGUGAUGAUAUUCUGAAGAUAAAAAGGGAAAUUGAAGCUGAGUUUUUUGGCGAAGAUCAAAACUGGGGAAGUGGAGAGAACAAUGCGCCAAAUCAAAUGCUUAAUCGCUUUUCACAGCCAGACAAUCGUGACUGGCGUGGUCGGAAUCCCCAGGUUCCUGCUGCUGUGGAGGAGAGGUCCUGGGAGAAUAUCAGGGAAAACAGAGAGUUUGGUGGCCGAUCUGACUCUAGGCAGCAGCAACUGAACCAAUUUAAUCACUCAGAGCAACUCAACUCCCAGUUCACAAGAGCACAGAUCUCUUCUAAUCAGGGAGGUCCUGCUCCUGCUCUUGUUAAAGCUGAAGUGCCUUGGUCAGCUAGAAGGGGUAAUCUGUCAGAAAAAGACCGUGUGAUGAAGACUGUAAAGGGGAUUCUGAACAAGCUGACUCCUGAGAAGUUUGAUCUACUCAAGGGUCAGCUCAUUGACUCUGGAAUAACCACGGCAGAUAUUUUGAAGGGCGUAAUACAGCUUAUUUUCGAAAAAUCAGUGCUGGAGCCCACAUUCUGCCCCAUGUAUGCUCGUCUGUGCUCUGAUCUCAAUGAAAGGCUGCCCCCCUUUCCCUCUGAUGAACCAGACGGUAAGGAUAUCACUUUCAAGCGAGUACUUCUAAAUAACUGCCAGGAGGCAUUUGAAGGUGCUGAAAAUCUAAGGAAAGAGUUAAGACAACUGACUGCCCCUGAGCAAGAGCUUGAGCGAAGUGAAAAAGAGAGGAUGCUCAAACUUCGAACGUUGGGAAACAUCAGAUUGAUUGGGGAGCUUCUGAAGCAGAAGAUGGUCCCUGAAAAAAUCGUUCACCACAUUGUUCAGGAGCUUCUAGGAAUUGAUAAUAAGACGUGUCCUGCCGAGGAGAAUGUUGAGGCUAUUUGCCAGUUUUUCAAGACCAUUGGGAAGCAGCUUGAUGAGAGCCCAAAAGCACGGCGUAUAAAUGAUGUAUAUUUUAAUCGGUUGAAAGACUUAACAACCAACACUCAGCUGGCUCCAAGAAUGAGGUUCUUGGUUAAAGAUGUUGUUGAUUUGCGUGCGAAUAACUGGAUUCCUAGGCGGGAAGAGGUUAAAGCAAAGACUAUUACUGAAAUCCAUUCGGAAGCAGAAAAAACUCUUGGUUUACGUCCAGGCGCAACUGCAAGCAUGAGAAGUGGCCGUGGGGUUGCUUCUGAGUUGCCAGGGAGCACGAGUCCUGGGGCUUACCCAGGUUCCCGACCUGGCACUGGAGGGAUGAUGCCCGGCAUGCCUGGAACCAGGAAGAUGCCUGGAAUGCCUGGCAUAGACAAUGACAAUUGGGAAUUUCCUAGGACCCGGUCAAUGCCUAGGGGCAAUGGAUCAGGCACACAACCUUCUGUGCGGAUCCAGCCAUCUGCUAGAAUGUCGCCAUCGCUGAACCCUCGAUUGUUGCCUCAGGGUAGCGGUGGCCUUAUUAGUGGUAGGCCUAGUGCACUGUUACAAGGCAGCAGUGCCCCUCUUUCUCGUCCUUCAAAUUUUGUCUCUGGCGCUGAAACUGUAUCCCAAGUCCCUGCACCUGUUAAAUCUGUUCCCAUUGCAUCUACAUCACCUGUUCUUGAGAAGCCAGCAGCUCCCGUUGCUGCGAAGUUGAACAUGGACGAUCUCAAGAGAAAAACGUCAUCUCUUCUUGAGGAGUACUUUAGUGUAUUGAUUUUGGAUGAAGCGUUGCAGUGUGUGGAAGAACUUAAUGCUCCAGCUUACUACCCUGAAGUUGUCAAGGAAGCUAUUUCUCUUGCUCUAGAGAAAAGCCCGCCCUGUGUUGAACCCGUUGGUAGGCUCCUCGAGUUCCUGCUUGCCAAGAAAGUCGUUUCAUCUAGAGACGUAGGGACUGGGUGUUUGCUCUAUGCCUCUAUUUUGGAUGACAUGGGGAUUGACUUGCCUAAAGCACCAAACCACUUUGGUGAAGUUAUUGGAAAGUUAGCUUUGAUUGGUGGAUUGGAUUUUAAGGUGGUUCAGGAGAUCCUUAAGAAGGUGGAAGAUGACAGGUUUCAGAAUGCCAUAUUUGAUGGUGCAUUGCGGAAUAUUGCUUCUACACCUUCUGGUCAAUCUGUGUUAAAUUUGCAGGCACAGUAUAUCGAAGGAUGCAAGAGUCUACUCCAGUGAGCAUAGUACCUUUCUAAAGCCAACUGCCUGAGAUUCUUCUGGCCUCUGAACAUGUGUUUCCCAUGAAAACUCAGGAUGCUCCUGUUCACUCUUUCAAAGGCAAGAAGGCUGUCUUAUGCUGUUGUAACUUGGUGCCACUGAGGAUAGCCAAUUCUUGAGUCGUAUACUUUUCUGGGGGACAUAAUGUCUUGUUUCUCUAGGAAAGACAGAGCAUCACACCAUGGAUUUUGUUCUUUUGUGUGGCCAAUUGUGCCAUGAUGCUUGAAUAGGAUGGCCCCUUUUGGGGGGUUCAGGUAGUUUUGUAUUUGAUUGAUUUUGAUAUCAUUCUUAACGACUUUCAGGGAUUUAAAUUAUUGUUAAUGGGGAUACUCAUAAAUGCAAGGUCUUUACUUAUUA